AGAAGGUUCGCCGAGUGGAGUGUGGCGGCGGCGGCGGCGGGAGGAGGAGGAGGAGGAGGAGGAGGAUGGGGCUGCUGGAGCAGUGCCGCGAGGCGUUCGGCGCCGGGGACUUGUACCAAGUACUGGGCGUGCCGCGCGGCGCUUCGGCAGAGGAGAUCCGCCGCGGCUACCACAAGGCCUCCCUGCGGGUGCACCCGGACCGCGCUGAGCCGGCGGAGAAGGAGCGAGCCACCUGCCACUUCCAGAUCUUGGGCAAGGUAUAUGCAGUGCUGAGUGACCAAGAGCAGCGAACUCUGUAUGACCAGCAGGGUGUUGUAGAUGAGGAGUCAACUGUGCUAAGCGAGGACCGUAACUGGGAAGAAUACUGGAAGAUGAUCUUCAAAGAAGUCACUUUAAAAGAUAUUGAAGAUUUUAAGAAGCAGUACAGUGAUUCUACAGAAGAGGCGGAGGACAUUAAAACAGCAUACAAGAACUGUAAAGGCAAUAUGGACAACAUCAUGACAAAAGUAUUGUGUGCAGAUUAUACAGAUGAGCCAAGAAUAAGGGAAAUUAUCCAACAAGCCAUUGACUCAGGAGAACUUCCAUUCUACAAAGCCUUUGCCAAAGAGUCUAAGCAAAAGAUGAAUGCAAGAAAAAGGAGGGCUGAAAAAGAGGCUAAAGAGGCAGAAAAAGCCAAAGAAGAACUGGGUCUGCAUAAAGAUGACGACGUGAAAACAUUAAUUCAAAGAAGAAAUGAGAAUCGGAAGAAGGAAAUGGAUGACUUUCUGGCCCAGAUGGAAGCAAAGUAUGGAAAUACCUCCAAAAAAGGAGGAAAAAAACCAUCAGCCAAGAAAGGAAUUAAAUGACUGCUUUUUCUAAAUAUCUUGUUCUUCGCUUCUUCCAUUUACAUUAACCUUACUUUGAGACAGCCAAGGACAAGCAUGUUUUCAUCUAUUUAUUGCAGUGGGUGUAGCACAGAAGACAUGUUCAAAGAGGUGAGAUGUAAAAUAAAUCUGUAACUUUUCAGAAAGCCUUAGAAGAUUCUGGCAGGUUUACAUCUAUAUUUGAAUUGUGUUGGUAGAGCUGUCUUUUAGCAGGGGUAAGUUUGGUCACUUCUGAAAAGAGCCUGCAUUAGUGCAAAUAUUAUUCAUGAUUUUAUAAAAGCAUUUGUUAAACUUAAUAAACGGUGUUUUGAAA